ACCCACUAAGAAUCUUAGAGCGGGGAAAGCAGGAAGGUUGGAGGCUGUAAGCAGGUAUUAGGAGCUGCGACUCGCUGCUGUUUCACAGUGCAGCUGGAGCUCGGCUUGCUGUGGUUCGGUGGGACACGCAGACCUGAAGCCAGGCCAAGAAGCGAGAGGAGGUGUGAAGCUGGAGCUAUUGUUUUGCGGUCUGUUAUGGACUGUGUUUUUGGUCACAUUGUGUCCCGGUCACACCUGAACGCUUGGCCCUCUGUGUUGGAGCGUGAGGUGGUCAGUUAAUCUGAAGGCGUCUUUGUGGACGGGACACUUUGAGGGCCAAACAAUGGAAUGCUCUCUUCUGCCUUCACCGCUCUGCACUCGACAGACUGAGGUUAAACGCUUUAGUUAGCAGUGUGCCUCUCCCCAAAAAACUCUCUUUAGCCAGGGGAAAGUUGGGAGAAAUAAAACAGAAAAACACACAAGUGAAGGAAAACGUCCUUCAUAGAACAGCACCUUACUCUACUUCAUCGUAGUUCGAGUUUGUCUGGGAUUCUUUCAGAGGCUUCGCGUGCACAAAAACCAAGAUGGAUUUGGAAUCGUAUCUGUGGAUGGUGGUGAUUGGCUUCAUUAUAGCCUUCAUCCUGGCAUUUUCGGUGGGAGCCAAUGACGUGGCCAACUCGUUUGGAACGGCGGUGGGGUCAGGAGUGGUGACGCUACGUCAGGCCUGCAUUCUGGCAUCCAUAUUUGAGACCCUGGGCUCCAUGCUCCUCGGUGCCAAGGUCGGGGAAACCAUCCGGAAGGGAAUUAUAGACGUCAGUUUGUACAAUGACACAGUGCCCAUACUGAUGGCGGGAGAGGUCAGCGCCAUGGUCGGGUCUGCGGUUUGGCAGCUCAUCGCCUCUUUUCUGAAGUUGCCCAUUUCUGGAACUCAUUGCAUUGUGGGAUCUACUAUUGGCUUCUCCAUGGUUGCUAUUGGCACUAAAGGAGUACAGUGGAUGCAGUUAGUCAAAAUUGUUUCCUCGUGGUUCAUCUCACCUCUGCUGUCUGGUCUGAUGUCUGGCCUGCUCUUUUUCGUCAUUAGAUAUUUCAUUUUGAGCAAGGAUGACCCUGUUCCCAAUGGUCUCCGUGCUUUGCCGCUCUUCUACGCAUCAACCAUCGGGAUCAACACCUUCUCCAUCAUGUACACUGGAGCUCCUUUGCUGGGUUUGGAGAUGCUCCCCGUCUGGGCCAUUGCCCUCAUUACGUUGGCUGGUGCGCUGGUAUGUGCCGGUCUGGUCUGGAUUUUUGUUUGCCCCUGGAUGAGAAGGAAAAUAGCAAGUCGUCUGAAGAAAGAGCAUGCACUUUCUCGCAUCUCUGAUGAGAGUUUGGAUAAAAUCCCUGAGGAGGAAGAGGAAGCUCCUGUGUUUAAAGAGCUUCCAGGUGCGAAAAGCAGCAAUGACGCAGUGCUGCCGAUGACAGAGGAGUCCACAGGAGAGCUCAACAGCCUGGCUAAUGGAGGAACCGUCCUGCCCAACGGCAGAGUCUAUGGUCGCACCAACUCCAUGACCAAUGGCUGCCUGAAAUCUCCCGUGUCGAAUGGAGGCUUCAGCUUCGACGGCCACAUGCGCAGUGAUGGCCAGGUUUACCACACUGUCCACAAAGACUCUGGUCUCUACAAAGACCUCCUGCACAAAAUCCACAAGGGCCGUCUGGAGGACGAGCGGCAUGGCUCCCGUCCUGACAACAACUACCGUCAUCUCCGCCGCAACAACAGCUACACCUGCUACACCGCGGCCAUCUGCGGGAUGCCCGUUCAGCCUCUGCUGCGCUCUGAAUCCAGCGCGCCUCCGCCAGAGGACAGCGAGAAGCUCGUAGGCGACACCGUAUUCUAUUCCAAGAAGCGUCUGCGCUACGACAGCUACUCCAGCUACUGUAACGCGGUGGCGGAGGCUGAGAUCGAAGCAGAGGAGGGCGAUGUGGAUGUGAAUCUGGCGACGGAUAAAAGGGAGCCAAGGGUUCCGGCUGAAGGGGUGCUAGAGGACUGUGUUGAUGAGGACAAGGAGGAGAAGGACAACUCUCAGGUCUUCCUGCUCUUCCACUUCUUGCAGAUCCUCACAGCCUGCUUCGGCUCUUUCGCACACGGGGGAAAUGAUGUCAGUAAUGCGAUUGGUCCAUUGGUGGCCCUGUGGAUGAUCUACGAUCAGGGUGGAGUGAUGCAGGACGCGGCCACACCAAUCUGGCUGCUCUUCUACGGCGGUGUGGGAAUCUGCGCAGGACUGUGGGUUUGGGGUCGACGUGUCAUUCAAACAAUGGGAAAAGACCUAACUCCCAUCACCCCCUCCAGUGGAUUCACUAUUGAGCUGGCCUCAGCGGUCACUGUUGUUUUGGCGUCUAAUAUCGGACUUCCAAUCAGUACGACACACUGCAAGGUGGGCUCGGUGGUGGCUGUAGGCUGGAUCCGCUCCAGGAAGGCUGUGGACUGGCGUCUCUUCAGAAACAUCUUCCUGGCUUGGUUCGUCACCGUUCCUGUAGCAGGCCUGUUCAGCGCUGCUGUCAUGGCCCUGUUCGUCUACGGCAUCCUGCCUUACGUUUGAGAAGGAGAAUUCGGGAUAUGAGAGAGAAAGAGAGAGAGGUAUAGGAAGGUAAUGGCGAAAAGAUAAACAGAGACAGAAAAAAAUAUAUAUAUAUGUCAAUAUAUAAGCCAGAAAGUGAGGAGAGUUUUAAAUGCUGCCUGGAAAAAAGCAUCCAGAAUCCUUUGACUUAAAUAUCCUUAAUCUUUGUCAAGAGUAUUUAUUUCCAUUUCAUUUUUACUAUCGUUUCUGUUGAAAUGUUACCAUAAAGCGUAAGAUUUUUGACUCGGUGAUAUCAAAAGGUACAAAAACACACAAAACAGUGUCUGUGGGUCCUACAUCUUCAAGGGAGUAAACAGAGCUGCACAUACAAAUACAGUGCGUUCAUAACUGUUACAAUUGCCAAUCACUUAUGGCUCAAUUCGCAGUAUAUCAGCGCAAAAUCCAGUCCCCUACGCCUCUAAAUGCUUGUGGAGCGUUAUAAACCUAAACAUAUCUCUAAUUCCGUUUGCUGAAAAGUCAAACUUUCGCCGAAAUGACACUGAAAGCGUCCUGCUGUUCAACACUUACAUUAGCUAAAAAAGAAAAUCAUACCUCAGCUAACCCACUAUGCCACACAAAAGACGAAACUGUGCUCAUAACACUACAUGAGUAAUUUUUCUAGUGGUCAUAAUUCCCUGUUCUUUCAUUGUCAUAUUUAUUUUUUAGAUAUGUUAUCAUUCAUACCUUUAAAAAAACACUUAACACAAGGUGCGAAAUGAAAUCAUGUUUUGACUAUGUAUGCUACUUUAAUUUCUACUGUGUGUAUAUGUAUAUAUAUAUUCGACUUUGAGUUUUCAGACUUAUUCGGAGGUCUUCUAAUGUUACGUUUAAGGAGGUUUUGGUAGUUGCAUGAAACGUAUGCUCUUCCAAGCAUAUCGAAAUGAUCAAAUAUUUUAAAAUGUACUUUUUAAGACAAGACGCUACGUUCAUAAUCCUAAUCAUUGACUCCCUUUAAGGUAUUGAUGGAUAUUAUCGUUUAAAGACAUAAAAAAGGAGCAUAUCUGAGGUAUUUUAAAAUAAAAAAGUCCAUACACAUCAAUAAAUCAACCUGAUUUUUAUGAAAAACGAAUAGCCAAAGAUGAUUCUGAUUGAGUGGAAUUGCCAUACUCCUUGACAGUGUUUUUAAAUAACAAUCUAAAUGACGUUCAGAUUAUAUAAAGGAUGCUAGACGUUCAGUUUUAGCGUAUACUGUUAUUAAAGCCCAAUGGAUGAUGCCAAUGUUAAUAAAAACAAACAAACCUGUAUGUGCAGAGACAGCCAAAAUCCCACAUCAGCCAGCACACGCAUAUGAUAAAUAUCCACAUGUAUGAUGCUUUGGGUUAAACGCCGGCCUGGUCAAUCUCAUAUCAGCAUCCGCAUUACUUGAGUCAACCUCGCUGAUAAAUCGGUUAUCAGAAGAGGAAUUAGUUGAACAUCAGGUCAAUAUGGGAUUCAGUGGUGCGAAUGAGUCAAGAAAUGAAAGCUCAGUAUGUAAUGAUCUAUUAGUGGCACAAGAAACCAAAAAAAUCUCACGAAUUCAGUCCAAAAACACAGAGAAAGUUAAAAUGACCAUGUUUUAUCAGGUGAAGCAGGCUACUUUCAACCUUGUCACCAGAUUUUGGAAACUGUACAAACGUGUGGCUUCUGAACCAAUGCAAAGUGUUGCUGUUUCUUCUUCUUUUAUUAUUAUUAUUUUUUUUUGUGUAUUACUUUUUCAUCAAGAACAAAUCUAUGCUUAAUAUGGCCAUUUGCCUUGUAAUGUUGUGCUUUACUGUUUGUUGGAUACAGUAACUUCAGUACUGUGGUGUUUACAUUGUAAUCAUAUUGUAGAAUAACUCAUUGCAGUUGCCUAAAAAAAACAACAACUACAAAAUAUGCCAAUCAACUAACUAUUAAUCACAAAAUAUGAAAUAUGAAAUAACCAGGCGUCGUGCAAAGGUGUUUCAUGUCAUUUUGUGUUUUUAGCAGCGUGAACCUUCAUGAUCCUGUGUUACGUCGCACUGCUGUUAUGUAGUUACACAACUUUACAUGGUGGAUAUGAUUCAAAAAAGAAAUAAAUAGAUAUAUAAAUUUCAUUAAACUAUAUUUUUCUACAUAUAUAAGUUCUACCUGGGUGGUGAGUUCUCACGCGGAGAGGCUCCUGAAUGCUAUUGUGAGGAAAUUCAGUGCUAAAAAACACUGAAUUUCUUUUUUCCUUCAAGAUCUAAACCGUUCAAGCAGGGGUUGAGGAUGUGGAUUGGUUCCAUAAAUCCAUUGUUGUUAUUUUUCCUUGCCCAGGGAUGUCUCUCCUUUUGUGUGUGUGAGAGAAAGAGAGAAGAGAGCGGUUGUGAGAUGUUCAAAUUCAACAAGUUUUCAUGAUUAUUUUUUUGGACAAGUAAGGUUGAAUAACUUUGUAAUUUUGUUUCCCUGAAAUGCAAUACUAAGCAGUAAGACUGUGGUCAAUCGCACCUUCACCAGCAGCGGCGACACCAAUGUUUAGAGUCUGUGGAAGCUUGCUACCGACAUGGAAUAAAAUUGAGGAAAUGCAACUCUAAUUGGGUCGAUUUCUUUUACACUUUCGACCAAACUCAAAAUGGCUAGGUUUUAUUGAACUUUUUAAAAUUAAAAAAGUCUGAAUAGUGUCUAAAAAUGCAUAUGUGAGUUUAUAUGCAGCAGUUUAUAUCAUUUUGAAUAAACUCUUAUGUGUAAAUUUGUGACUAUGAAACUGUAAAUGUGAGACGAUUCAUUUCUGAAUAGCAAAGAUAAAAGAAUUGAGUUUAUAUUUUGCAGUUCUGUUUUUUUUUCAUAACUACAAGAUGUAAACAUUUCUGAGAGAAAAACAUUUGAUUUUCAAGAUCAAAAUGAUGUAAAAAUCAUGCUGAGUUAUUCUCAAAACUCAAGUUUAUGUCCUGCAAAUUAUAACUAAGAAUAGCAAGAUUUUAUAUAGAAAUAGGUCCAAUACAUUCUGAAUAGCAAGGAAAAAAUAGUUUAUAUUUCGUAGUUCAGAUUAUGUUUUGUUUGUCUCAGAUUUCUGUGUCGAAAUGACAAGAAACAAUUCAAAGUUAUUCUCAAAAUUCUCAAAACUCAAAUUCUAAACAAUGAAUGCAGAUUUGUGAGUCAGAAAUGCUAAACAAAUACAUUCUGAAUUGCAAGGAAUUAAGAAUUAUAACUUUAUAUUUUGGAGUUCAAAUUGUUUAUUCUCAUAACUAGAAGAUAUAAACAUUUCUGAUAGGAAAUAGUUGAAAUUUCAAGAUUUGAUUAAGCUCAAAACGACAAGAAACUAUUUGGAGUUGUUCUCAACUCAAAAUUCCUGUUUUUAUUCAACAAUUUCUUUAAAAAAAGUGAGAAAAAUAAGACUAAUCAUUGCAAGUUUAUGUCCAGCAAUUCAUGAUUAAGAAUAUCAAGAUUUUAUAUAGAAAUUUGGAAAUAAAAUCAGAAUUGCAAGACCAAUAGAUUCUGAAUAGCAAGAGGAAAAAUGAGUUUAUAUUUUGUAGUUGAGAUUGAUUUUCUGAGAACUGCAAGAUACAAACGGACAUUUCUGAGAGAAAAACAGUCAGAAUUUUAAGAUGUGAAGCCAUUUUGUGAUAAUCUCAAAACAACAAGGAAAAAGUUUGAAUUACUGAACUCAAAGUUGCUUUUUUUUUCAUUUUAAAAGGGCAGAUUUGUGAGUCAGAUUUGCUAAACGAUUAAAUUCUGAAUAGCAAGGAAUAAAGAAUUCUGACUUUAUAUUGUAUGCAGUUCAGAUAGUUUCUUAUUAAAAUUGAAAGAUAUAAACCUUUCUGAGACGAUUAAGCUCAAAAUGACAAGAAACAAAUCGUAGUUAUUCUCAAAACUCAAAAUUUUUAAAAAACUUUUUAUUCUACAAUUUCUUCUACAACUCGAAAAAUAUCGUGACAAAAAUAAAACAAAUCAUUGCAGGUUUAUGUCCAGCAAUUCAUAACUAAUAAUAAGAGCAAGCUUUUAUAUAGAAUUUUGGAAGCAAAAUCAGAACUGCAAGACCAAUAAAGUCUGAAAAGCAAGAUUUUUUUUUUUUUUUUUUGUAGUUCAGUUUGAUUUGCUGAGAACUGCAGGAUAAUAACUGACAUAUAUGAGAGAAAAAAAGGUUAGAAUUUCAAGAUGGGAACCCAUUUUGUGAUUAAACCUAAAACAGCAGGGAAAAAGUUGAACUCAAAAUUGCGUUAUCAAUUUUAAAAAGGGCAGAAUUGUGAGUCAGAAUUACUAAACGGAUAAAUUCUGAAUAGAAAGGAAUAAAGAGUUAUGACUUUAUAUUUUGCAGUUCAAAUAGUUUUACUUAAAACUCCAAGACGUAAACUGACAUUUCUGAGAAAAAAGAUCAGAAUUUCAAGAUGUGAAGCCAGUUUGUUCUCAAAACAACAAGAAAACUGUACACGUUUGUAUCGAGCAGUUACAUUUUUCCCUCUUCAGCAUUACUAAAUAUAAACUUGGAAAUGUCAUGUAUUAAGAAACUAUAAGAUUAUUAUUUUUAAUUCUGAGAAGUAACAAUCAUGAUAUUAAACUGACCAUCUUCAAACUUAAAAUUGUAAUAAAAAUAAAAAAAAGCCAUCCCAUUAAUUGCCAUUACAUUAUUAUAUUAUUAUUCUGUGGCUGCAACAAGCUUCCAUAAGAGUCAGGCGGGGCACAGCAAGAUCCAGUAAUACCUUUUUUCUAACCUGCAUGCGAUACUUUGCAUCAAACUAGAGAUAUAAUCUGCAUUUCUACUAUAAAUUGGGUUGUUUUAUAGCAGCACACCAGCAAAAUACUUCACAUGCGCAGUAAAAAAAAUUAUGCAAGUGCAGUCUGUCAAUGCAGACGCUCAACCAACAAACAUGCACACUCGCAGAUUUCUCCAACCAAAAUUCAACAUAGAACAAACAGCCAAUCACUGGGCUGCUGUCAUUUGGCCGUAGAGAUAGUUAUGACUUAUAUAUUCAAAGAAUGGCACAUGAUCCACCGUUUUAGAUCUAAAAUGCCAGUGCUGUUCUGAGAUGCACAUGCUAUGAUUGGACAAAUCGGACUUGUGCAAGCAGAAUCAUCCAUAUCCACAUCCAGUGUGUUGAUAAAGGUUUCAUAACUGUUCCUGGCAGCCUAGUGACAUUCUCCUGUAGUGUGCUAAUAUGGUUUCUAAGUUUCCAUGCUCUUAUCUGCACUUGAAAAUAGAAUGUAGCCCAAUCCUCUGCUGAUCGCCUGCUGCGUGUCGUCUCUAAUGCCAUGAUGUGAAUGCUAUGCUGUUUAACUGUCUGGUACCAUCUGAAAGACAGGGCUUUAGAUUUAACAAACCGUCCCCGUCCCCCCCCCCCCUCCUAUCCGCAUAUGUACUGUAUUGCUGUUUUCUUUCUUUUUUGGAACUUCUUUGUGAAAAGUUGUCUGCAUUUGAACUAAUUAAAUUAUGGGAAUUAAAAUUACAAAGAAUAACACUC